CCGCAUCAUGUCCGGCGGCAGAGUGAAACACAGGUCCGUCUCUAACUCAGUAGAUUCGGCUGUCAUCUCGCCCGGCGAGCGGGUUCUCAGAGAAUGUCACACCCUCUACACCGACCCGGAGAACGGGCUGAUAAAGAUAGCUAACAGCCUUGGUCUUCAGUUACUCCCUCCUCGAAAGAAGAUCAUUGUGAUGAUAAUGGGAAACCAUUCAGCAGGGAAGAGCUCCUUUAUCAACUGGUAUGUGGAGGAGCACAUUCAGAAGACAGGGGUUGCGAUCGAGACGCAGGGAUUCACGUUUAUCACAAGCGGUCGGAAAAGAGAGUCACUCACAGGCAAUGCAACCCUCCACCUGUACCCACAUUUCCAAACACUUCAGGAGUUUGAAGGUGUAUCAGACUACCUCUCUACUGAGAUCUCCACCUCCAGACAGAAGAAGUUCAGCCUGGUGACGUUCAUAGAUACCCCAGGGCUGGUGGACGGUGAUAUGAAGUACCCCUUUGAUGUGAAUAGUGCCUUAGCUUGGCUUGGUGGGCAAGCUGACCUCAUCUUGGUGUUCUUUGACCCCAUGGGUCAGGCUCUGUGUAAGCGCACUGUGGACAUUGUGGAGCGGCUCAGUGAGACGUGCGGAGACAGGCUCCUCUUCUAUCUCAGCAAGGCUGAUGAGGCGGGCCGGGAGACUGACAGACAGAGAGUAAUGAUGCAGAUAGUUCAGGAGCUUUGUCGGAGACCCGGCCUGAACAAGUGUGGUUUUGAGAUGCCUACGAUAUACAUACCCAACCCACAGAAGCCCAGCUGGUGUGUGAACCAGAUUGAUGGGGUUUGCAAGACGAUCGAGAAGACCAUUAGCCAGGCUGUGCAGAAAACACUCAACCAGCUGGACAAGGACUGCGACCUGAUCUGCAGAACCAUCAGCAAUCAGAUUACACUUGACAGGGAGUAUGUGGGCUGUAAUAAAAGCUCUUACUUGCAAUCCCUCCUGUUUGGCGCUCUGGGGACUGUGCUGCCUGUGCUGCUCGUGAUUAGUCUCCUGCUGAACACUUUCUCCAGGGACGAAGUAGAGGGAGCUGUGGGAGAGAGCCUGGCAAGCCUUCUGCACUCAAGCACUGUAUGUGUACAUAGUGUAAUGAUGAUUUUGUGGGGCUGGAUACCAGAAGACGGGCAGAUCUGGCUCCUGCUUAUUCUGCUUGCCACUUGUUACCUGUUUUUGUCUUUGGCAAAAUAUCGUGCAAGCAAGACUUACCGGACCCUUACAAAGAGGGAAAAGCGAUGCCUUGCACAAUACCAAGAUUAUAUUCAAGAUGCCGUGAAACACAAGAAGAAGCUGCUGUACGAAGAGUAUUUGCGUCACUGUGCUGCAGAGUACGAUCUGGGCUAGAAAAAGAAACGUCACACACAAAGCCAUGGGAAUUCU